GGGAAUCUUUUUCGGGCGCUGGGGGGCGGAGGGAGGAGAGCGCGCGUGCGCGCGCCCGUCCGUCCGCCCGUCGCCGCGGUGACCGUUCUCGGGGCCCGUCGGCUCGCGCCCCGCCUCCGUCCCCGCCGCCCCCUCCCGUGUCGCGCGCCGUGGGGGAGCUGCUCGCUCCUCCCGAUUCCCGCCGCGUUCGUCGCUGCUCCUCCUCUCCCCGGCGUCGCGGCCGCUGCCUCUGCGGGCUGUAUGAGGAGGAGUAGGAGGAGGAGGAGGAGGAAGAGGAGGAUGUGAAGAUGGCGGAGCUGCAGAUGCUGUUGGAAGAGGAAAUCCCGGGAGGCCGCCGGGCUCUCUUCGACAGCUACACGAAUCUGGAGCGGGUGGCCGACUACUGCGAGAACAACUACAUCCAGUCACCAGAUAAGCAGCGAGCCCUAGAAGAAACCAAAGCCUACACCACUCAAUCCUUAGCAAGUGUUGCGUAUCUGAUAAACACUUUGGCCAACAAUGUCCUACAGAUGCUGGAUAUCCAGGCAUCACAGUUACGGAGGAUGGAAUCUUCAAUCAACCAUAUUUCACAAACAGUUGAUAUUCAUAAAGAGAAAGUUGCAAGAAGAGAAAUUGGUAUUUUGACCACCAAUAAAAACACUUCGAGGACCCAUAAGAUCAUUGCACCAGCCAACCUUGAGCGGCCAGUUCGUUAUAUUCGAAAACCUAUUGACUACACAAUUUUAGAUGACAUUGGACAUGGCGUAAAGGUGAGUACCCAGAAUAUGAAAAUGGGUGGACUGCCACGUACAACGCCCCCAACUCAGAAGCCCCCAAGUCCCCCUAUGUCAGGGAAAGGGACACUUGGGCGGCACUCCCCCUAUCGAACACUGGAGCCAGUGCGUCCUCCAGUGGUACCAAAUGAUUACGUACCUAGCCCAACCCGUAAUAUGGCUCCCUCGCAGCAGAGCCCUGUGAGGACAGCUUCUGUGAAUCAAAGAAAUCGAACUUACAGCAGCAGUGGGAGCAGUGGAGGAAGCCAUCCAAGUAGUCGGAGCAGUAGUCGGGAGAACAGUGGAAGUGGGAGUGUGGGAGUUCCCAUCGCUGUUCCUACUCCGUCUCCUCCCAGUGUCUUUCCAGGUCAUCCUGUUCAGUUCUACAGCAUGAAUAGGCCUGCCUCUCGCCAUACACCACCCACAAUAGGGGGCUCAUUGCCCUAUAGACGCCCUCCUUCCAUAGCUUCACAAACAAGCCUUCAGAAUCAGAUGAAUGGAGGUCCUUUUUAUAACCAGAAUCCAGUAUCUCUUGCUCCUCCUCCUCCUUCCAUCCUACAGGUAACUCCUCAGUUACCUUUAAUGGGAUUUGUGGCCAGAGUCCAAGAAAAUAUUUCAGAUACACCACCUCCACCACCACCCGUGGAAGAGCCAGCCUUUGAUGAAUCCCCCCCUCCACCACCUCCUCCAGAAGACUAUGAAGAGGAGGAAGCAGCUGUGGUUGAGUACAGCGAUCCUUAUGCUGAAGAGGACCCGCCAUGGGCGCCAAGGUCUUACUUGGAAAAGGUUGUGGCAAUUUAUGAUUAUACAAAAGACAAGGAAGAUGAGCUGUCCUUUCAAGAAGGAGCCAUUAUAUAUGUCAUCAAGAAGAAUGACGAUGGUUGGUAUGAGGGAGUUAUGAAUGGCGUGACUGGGCUCUUCCCUGGGAACUACGUUGAGUCCAUCAUGCACUAUUCGGAGUAGAGCCCAGUGCAGCUAAGCUGCUCUGUCAGGAUGUCAGGUCUUCCCAGAUUAGCUAGAGGCCCUGGGAGUUUCCUCCCAGUGAAAUGAGUGAAGCAUACAACGAUAAAGUUACUCCUUUUAUUACUGUUUUGGUUUAUCCCCUAGUAUCAAAAACUGAAAGCCAAGUCUGAACAAGUGGAUCUUCUUGCUGUCAUUUGUGUUAUGCGAUCUAGAUUGAAAAUGUGACCAUUUCUCAAUCACGAAAGGCAUACCAACAUGAACAUGUAGCUAAAAUAUGUAAGACCAAGACUGACUUGAGGAAAAAAAAACAUCUGGGACCUUUCUCAGGAAUACUGUACACCCUUGGAUUUCUCUUCCUGCAGAACCUGUGACAUUGGAUGCUCAUUGCCUCUGCUUUGGGGCUAACCUCAUGGCCUGGUGGAUACCCUUGCCCUUUACUUUCAGUAUAUGGAGAGGAAGGAACCAGUGUUUAAAUACUUUAUUUAACUACUUUUUGAUUGCUUAAAAAGGCUGUUUUUCUUCUUUAACACUGUAAAUCCUGUGUUCUCUUAGCACUGGAGUGUGCUAGGUGAGUUAAUCCUGAACUCCCUUGCAUCCUAUCCUGUUUAUAGAUUAUAAGGAUGACAAAAUGUGAAAGUCUCCAAACAUUCCCAGGGUUGUUACCAGUUUGAUUUUAAUGCACUGUUGCAUGAGCUGUGAUGCUGAUAGCAGCCAGUAACCCCCUGUGGACCCAUGUGGUAGGUACUCGACGGGCGGAAGCGAGCCUGGUGGACAUGAAGGUGCCUGAGGAUCUCCAGCCUUAGGCACUGCUUCAGGGUCAGACCAGCUAUUACUGUUCUUUCGAUAUUUAACACCCCCCCUUUUUUUUUUGAGGAAACUAGUUGUCAAGUCUCGACAGUCACUGGACUGGGAAUGAAAGGCUGCUACUGUGCUCUUGGACCAUUAUCAGUGGCAGUGCUAGCUGAUGCCAAGUCAUUUUUUAUUCUCUCAGCUAUAGAAAAAUAAGUAUCCUCCUGAUUUGAAGUGAUUAGACUCUAAAGUAGCACUCCUAGUAAUAGUCUGAACCUUGUGAUUCAGAGUAAAGAGUGCUGGAAAAGACUAAUAGGAUGAAAUACCCAGUCACACUGAUGAAAAUCAGUAUAUAUUUGAAACAAUUGGCAUCUCCCUCAUCUACUGAAAAGGACGAGGAAGUAAAGCUGUCUAGCAAUGCUAGAAGAACAAAUGUUGUAGAUGUGAAGAAAAGCAGACUCUGAGGCCACAGCUAACACUCCACUGGUAGAUCUGUCAUCUGCACCUGAGGCUUCACUGUGCAACUCGGACCCAAACAGUGUCCUUCUCAAGACCUUUUUGCUUUAAGGUUGCAGGGCUUUGUUUGUUUCAGACAUGGUGUUGCUCCUGCUCUAGCUUUUCAAAUACUAGGAUUCUAAGGAGGAGCUGUACAUCAGAAGCAGGCUUUUUUCGUUUUAAUUUUGUUUUAAAACCACAUUGCACAUCAGCUAUUACACUUAAAUUUUUCCUGAAUGCUUUGGAUUCUUCUUUAACUUGCUUCUAGUAUACUUUCUCCUUCACAGUGUUGUUAGGUCAUCUUGACUGUCCUCAGGAUGUGUCUCUGAAUUCCUCUGAACCUUUAGCUCCAUUAUGGACCCAAGCAGGACUAUAUACGAACGUUUAACUCUGAUUGUAUUGGUACAUGGAAACUAUGAAAAUAGUUGCACUAAUUAUUUAUUUAAGUAGUCUUUUGCUGAACAAGCUUAGUGUAUUAAUAAGACAUUUGGAAACCCAGCAAACAACUAGCUUUUGUAGUCACAGAAACAACUAGUGGUAGGCACCAGGAAAACAGCUUACCUUCUGGACCCCUGCUGAAUUGGGGUUUGCAGAAAACAUCUGAGAAAUCAUUUGCGCUAAAGACUUGCACUGGGGGUAAUCCUUGGGACAGAUGACCCCUCUCCCUUGUAUUAUUGUGAGUACUGAUGUGAUUUUAAAAACAAAACACAAAAUACUGUCAGUUGGCCUUUUCCCCCCCAUCUUAAAUAUUUGUAAUUUUGAAUUCUAUGAAUUGUCUUGGAAGGAUACUCUGUAACAAUGAGCCAGGCCUACAGUAAUUGGAGACUUUUAAUGUAUGUAAUAUUUUAUAGAUUGCAUGCUGUUAAUACUAUGAGGUUAUUUCCUGUUUUAUUGUAAAUUUUCCCAUUUAUUUGCCCAUAAACUAAAAUAUGGUUGAUAUUAGGAAUUUUAAACAAAUGUCGAAACUUUGCGACCAGAAUGCAGCCACUUUACCAAGACACAGGUACUGAGGGCUCUGGUCUGUCCUGAAAUGUCUGAUUCUGUGCAGUUUCUUUACCCAUAAAAAAAGAAAAAGGAAAAAAAAGACUGGAUCUCUCUCUCUCUCUCUCUCUCUCUCUCUCUCUCUCUCUCUCUCUCUUUGCUGUUAAUAUUUGAAGGUCCAGGAUUCUGAGUGAAAAUACAUUCUUGUGUUUGACCUUAUAGCCAAAGCAAAUUAGAAACAAAAAUAGUGCCAAUAUUUUGAAAUCUAGACCCAAGAUUUCAGCCUGCUGUGUUUGGAAUAAAUAUGAUUUUUAAACGAUGUC